AUGUUAUCAUCCAAAUCUAUAGGAAUUAUAGGAGGUGGAAUUUCUGGACUAUCUACUGCAUGGUAUCUUUCUCGUUUGUUUUCCCCAUCUACUAAAAUAACUAUCCUUGAAUCAUCUAAUAGACUUGGAGGAUUACUUAAUACAAAAAGAAUUGACUCUUCUCACGGUACAAUAUAUUUUGAAGAAGGCCCAAGAUCUCUUAAACCUACAGGAAUUUCUGGAUACAUAACUCUUGAUAUGAUAAAAAAAUUAGGUUUAAUAGAUGAAAUGAUUCUUGUGCCAAAAAAUUCACCAGUAAUUAAAAACAAAUAUAUAUACUUCCAAAACCAAUUAAACGCUCUUCCUACUUCAUUAUUAUCAGCAUUUAUAUCGAAAACACCAAUUUUCCGUUCCUUUUUAUGGGCAAUAAUAUCUGAACCAUUCAAACCAAUUAGAAACAAAAAUAUUUCAGAUGAAACAAUUUCUAGUUUUGUAUCAAGAAGAUUCAACACAUCAAUUUCUGAAAAUUUAGUUAGUGCUUUUAUACAUGGAAUAUAUGCAGGAGAUAUUGAUGAUUUAAGUAUUAAAUCUACUUUUCCACAUUUAUGGAAUUAUGAAGAACUUUAUGGUAGCGUUUUAAAAGGAAUUUUAUUUAAUGGGAUUUCUCUAAAUAAAAAUGAAGAAAAUAUAAAAUCAACUAUUGAAAAAGAUUCGAAAGAUAUUAUAAAAAAAACAAAAAACACAUAUAUAUAUUCAUUUAAAAAUGGAUUAGGUACACUUAGCAGUGCUAUAUCCAAGAAUCUUUUUACUAGAAACAAUGUUCAUAUAUAUUUUAAUUCAGAGGUUCAAUCACUUGAGUUUAACAAUAUUUUCAAAAUAAAAACAAAUACAUCAGAAUUUCAUUUUGAUCAUUUGAUAUCUGCAUUACCAAUACAAGUUCUUACAAAACUACUUGAUCCUUUUAAAAAACUAACAAGAAGUUUUUCAAGCACUACUAUUUUAGUCGUAAAUCUUUUUUUCGAUAAUCCAAAUCUUUUACCUUUUCAAGCAUUCGGAUAUCUUAUUCCAAGGUCAGUUAGUAAAGAGGAAAAUCCAGAGCAGGCUUUAGGUGUUAUAUUUGAUAGUAACAGUUUUCCCGAAUUAGACACAUACAAAGGAACAAAAAUGACAGUAAUGAUAGGAGGAAGUUUUUGGAAGCAUAAAGCUAUAUUCCCUAAAGAAAGCGAGUUUAUUAAAUUAGCACGAAAUGUUAUUUUGAGACAUUUGAGAAUAAAGGAUACACCUGUUAUCGUCAACUAUAAACUCCAAAAAAAUUCUAUACCACAAUACAAUCUUGGACAUCAUCAGGAUCUUAAAAAUAUUCACAAUUAUGUUUAUAAUACAUAUAAAGGUAAUUUGUCUCUUGUUGGAAAUUUCUACGGAGGUAUUGGUGUCAAUGAUUGUAUAAAAAAUGCAUAUCUCCUUACAAGAAGAUUAAAAGAAAAAGGAAAAGCUACAGGACUAGAAUCCAUAGAAUAA